UGUGUGUGUGUGUGUGUGUGUGUGUGAGUGAGAUUUGGUGGGGGGGGGAGACUGUUGCAGGCAGGGGAAGGCGUGACCUGCAUGGAGAAUGCCAGACAACUCCAGAGACACACACGCACGCUCACAAAUCUCCGAACAAAGAUAAGGCACGGAGCGCGGAGCACUGGGAACCAGACAGCCCUCCUCCCCAAACCCCCCCUUCCCCACCCCUCUCCUUUCACACACAUCGGGAGAUACCCACGGGAGCGAGAUGAGGUACCUUCUGGCCUGGUCCCUCUGUGCCUUCCUGCUCUGUAGCGCAGAUGCCGUCGAGCUGACGGAUAUGUUUGGGGAGAUCCAAUCCCCUAACUUCCCAGACUCCUACCCCAGUGACUCUGAAAUGACUUGGAAUAUUUCAGUGCCGGACGGAUUUAGGAUCAAACUGUACUUCAUGCAUUUUGACCUGGAAUCAUCCUAUCUCUGCGAAUAUGACUAUGUGAAGAUCGAGGCUGAAGACCAAGUCCUGGCAACUUUCUGCGGCCGGGAGACAACCGACACGGAGCAGGCCCCCGGGCAGCAAGCCAUUCUGUCCCCUGGCUCCUACAUGGGGCUCACGUUCAGAUCCGACUUCUCCAACGAGGAACGCUUCACGGGCUUCGAGGCCCAUUACACAGCGGUGGACGUGGACGAGUGCCUGGAGAAGAGCGAUGAGGAGCUGGCCUGUGACCACUACUGCCACAAUUACAUCGGGGGGUACUACUGCUCCUGCCGCUUCGGCUACAUCCUGCACUCAGACAACCGCACCUGCAAAGUGGAGUGCAGCGACAACCUCUUCACCCAGAGGAGCGGGGUGAUCACCAGCGCCGACUUUCCCAACCCGUACCCCAAGAGCUCCGACUGCCUGUACCGUGUCGAGCUGGAGGAUGGCUUCUUCAUCACCCUGCAGUUCGAGGACAGCAUCGACAUCGAGGACCAUCCCGAGGUCUCCUGCCCUUAUGACUACAUCAAGAUUAAAGCCGGCCCUCUGGAGUUCGGGCCUUUCUGUGGGGAAAAAUCCCCGGGACGUAUCGAAACGCAGACCAACAGCGUCCAGAUCCUGUUCCACAGCGACAACUCGGGCAAGAACCGAGGGUGGAAGCUAUCGUACGCGGCCACCGGGAACCCGUGCCCUCUCGUGCAGCCUCCCAUCAAUGGGAAGAUCGACCCCUCGCAGGCACGCUACACCUUUAAGGACCAGGUGGUCAUCAGCUGCAACCCGGGAUACAAAGUGCUAAAGGAUGAUGUGGAGAGCGACACCUUCCAAAUCGAGUGCCUGAAGGACGGGACGUGGAGCAACAAGGUCCCCAUCUGCAAAAUGGCCGACUGCCGAGCCCCGGCGGAGCUGGAGCACGGGUUCAUCACGUUCGCCUCGAGGAGCAACCUCACCACCUACCGCUCCGCGAUCCGGUACUCCUGCCAGCGCCCCUACUACCGCUUGGCCCCCAACGUCACUGGCAUAUACACCUGCGAUGAGAACGGGAUCUGGAGGAGCGAGGAGCUGGGAACCAAGCUGCCAUCCUGUCGACCAGUGUGCGGACGGCCCGUUCGCUCCUUGCCCGGGAUCAUCAAGCGCAUCAUCGGCGGGCGCAACGCGGAGCCCGGCUCCUUCCCCUGGCAGGCCCUGAUCGUGGUGGAGGACACGUCCCGGGUGCCCAACGACAAGUGGUUCGGCAGCGGGGCCCUGCUCUCCGACUCGUGGGUGCUAACGGCGGCCCACGUCCUCCGCUCCCAGCGCCGGGACAACACGGUCAUCCCGGUGUCCAAAGAGCACGUCACCGUCUACCUGGGCCUCCACGACGUGCGGCGCAAGAUGGCCGCGGUCAACCGGACGGUGGAGAAGAUCGUCCUCCACGCGGGGUUCGACAUCCAGAACUACAACCACGACAUCGCCCUGGUCAAGCUGAAAGAGAGGGUGGUCAUGGGGCCCUACGUCAUGCCCGUCUGCCUGCCUCAGUUCGAGCACGAGCUGGAGGGGCCGCACCCCAACACCUUGGGUCUCGUGGCCGGCUGGGGCAUCUCCAACCCCAACAUCACCGUGGACGAGAUCAUCAGCUCGGGCAUGCGGACCCUGUCCGACAUCCUGCAGUACGUCAAGCUGCCGGUCGUCCCGCACGCCGAGUGCAAGGCGAGCUACGAGUCCCGCUCGGGGAACUACAGCGUGACCGAGAACAUGUUCUGCGCCGGCUACUACGAAGGGGGGAAAGACACGUGCCUGGGCGACAGCGGGGGAGCCUUCGUCAUCCAGGACCCCGGCACCCAGCGGUGGGUGGCCCAGGGGCUGGUCUCGUGGGGCGGGCCGGAAGAGUGCGGGAGCAAGCAAGUGUACGGGGUGUACACCAAAGUGUCGAACUACGUGGACUGGGUGGAGGAGAACGUGGGCGCCUCUGGGAGGUGGACAUUGCCGGACCCCCAGCUGGAGAGAUGAGCUUGGCGGAGCUCAGCCAGCAGGCAGGACUCUGGCUGGACUCGGUCACGCUCCAGGCCUCAACCGGUCCCUCCUUCCACGUAUCGCGUCGUCCCCAUGUGUCCAUGCUCCCCCAGUUGGAGCCCGCUCCAGCCCCAGCCCUGAUGGCAGCAGAGAGGCCACGAGCUAGGGGAGCGAUGGAGACAGAACAACCCCUUUCAUCUGGACAUGUGGCGUCCCUUUGUGCCAGAUCCCUCUGCUCUCUCUCCAUGCCCGCUUUGGUGGGGAAGCCCACAAGAUGCUCAUCGUGCCACCUUUGCCAGAGCGGAGUCGCGGGAGAUGCAGGCACAGCGUGUUUUCUCUGCAGCAUCCACAGCCAUUUUUAGACCCAGCCCUCCCUUCCUGCCCUGCCUCCCCGAUGCGCCGCGCAAGAAGCUCCGGGCGGGUGUUGAAAACCAUUGACAGGCCUGUCUCUGUCCCAUUCCUCCUGUCAUUUUUCGGCUAGGUUUCGUGGCUGGCUCAGAGCUAGCUGGCCUGAUUCUGAUCUCCUUUGCAGUAGUGUCAACCCAAAGCCACUCCACUUCUCCAGUCACUCCAGGAUCUGCCCCAGCGCAGCUACCAAACCACAGAAUUGAAUGGCAGGGUUGGAAGGACCCUCAGGAGAUCACAUCUGGUCCAUCCCCCUGCUCAGGGCAGGAUCAUCCCUGGCUAACCCAGGCCAGCCAAGGGUCUGGCCAAGCUGCUCUUGAAAACUUCCAGGGCUGGAGACCUCCCGCUCAGUCAGAAAGUUUCUCCUCAUCUCCACCCUGCAUUUCCUCCGCUGCAACUUGAGACCGUUGCUCCUAGUCCUGUCCUAGUUGAAGGCGCCUAUCAAAUCCCCCCUCGGUUGUCUCUUCUGCAGGCUAAAAAUCCCAGUUCCCCCUCCUCUCCUGACAACUCGUGUUUCCCAGGCCUCUUCUGUGCAAAGCCUGUUUUACCAGAUGCAGUGAAAGCUUUCCCCGUGCACGGCAUUCAGUCUUCUUGCCCCUCUUACCCCAACAUGGGUCUUUCCUGAGCUGGGGCAGAGCAAAUGCCAAAUGCCAUUCGGCAUUUGAGACCCAGCUUCUGCAGUCAGAGACAACAAAGUCAAAGGGAGAAGGCAGGCCCCAGAGACGGCAAGUGACUUGACCAACGCCCCACGGUGAAUCUGUGGCAGAGAUGGGCACCAAGCCCAGCUCUUCAGCCCUGUGGUUCUUUUUCUCCCCGCUGUUUGAUCCUGCCUUUCUGCUCUCCUAGGGGCCCAGGGAGCUUAGCAAGCAGGCUUCCCCUUUCUUCCCUCUCAGCCCAAGACCCGGGCUGCAAAGCGAUGCGCUGAGAUUCAUCUUGAUGGAUGCACCUGCAGUUCAGUGGGCCACAUUGUCCCCACUCAGCCUGUCAUGUCUGGAGGUAGCGCCUGUCACCCUCAGUGCCUUGUGAGGAGAAAACCCCGGUAUUAGCAAACUGCACCAGCGAGAUGGAGCAGAGCCAGCCCUGCAAGGAGAGAGGGGGAAGGUGGCAUACUCACGCAGGCAUGCACUGAGGUGCCUUCCCUCUCCUGGCUCACUGCGCUGGUGCAGGCCUUUUUCAUGGGCAUUUGCAAGCCUGCCCUGGGCCUCUGGGUGUUACGCCCCGUGGCAUCUGCUUUGAGCCUGGAGCUUUCUCUGGGAAGCAACCAGCAUCCAUCCGGCAGCCGGUGGGCCUGGAGUGGGGCUGCUGCCAGCCUGACGGCCCCUUCUGCCUUCAUCAUCUCGGACCCCAGGAGCCAGAUCUAUCCCUGGCUUUCCCCUUUGAAGAGCUCUGCUCCACCAGCCCCUACCCCGGGGUGAAGUGAGGGGGCGCUUGCCGAGAGCCCGGCUUGCCCAGAGCCCAGUCCCCUUAGUGACCCGGCUCACGGAGUCCUAACAUUUUGGUGGGGGGUUUGGAGAGGUCAAUUCUUCCCCUUCCUUUCUUCUCAUUUCCUCCCUAUCACCGUCCCUCCCCUCUCUCGUCCUCCCCCUCCCUGGUCAGAGAGCAAAGACAAGGGGUCUGCAUUUGCCCCGUGGGGUUGUAUUCACUUACAGGACCAGAAAAGUCUCCUUCUGAGUCCAGGAGAAGUCUAGGUGCCUCCCCACUACACCUGACACUCCUCACCUCUGGUGUAUCGCACCCUGGGCAUCUCUCCAAGUCAGAAAAGAUGCCCCGUGUCAUCUUUGCACACUUGCCAAGCCCCUGACACACUUCCAUAUCGAGAGGGCACUUGCUCCAUUGGACGCCUGCAGCUCCCACUGGGCCGAGCCUCAGUCUUACUGGGUUUUACCCCCUCCAUGGGAGUCUCCCCGGAGUCAGGAGCAAGACCCCCUGCCCCUUGAGGCUGCCAGCACCGAAGCCAGGACCAUGCUGCGCAAGCCAUACCUUUAUGUUACCCGCGUGCCACGAACUGUACUCCGUUUGCCUUCGCGUAGCUAGACGAUAUGAUAUUGUUGAUAUAUUUUUGUACGGCCUCCUGUCAAGCGCCUCGUGUUACGUAUGUACGGUCUGUAUUAUCCUUCCUGAGAACCAAAUAAAGCCCCUUGUGUGGAUAAA